AUGAACAUUGUGGACCUUGUCAAAUUUGACUUUGUUCCCUCCGGCGCCGAUGCCGGUGGUGCCCUUUCUUCCGUCCCGCGAACAUCCCCCGGUUCAGCACCACGCAGAGGCUACAACGCUCAACGCUCCCUGCUAUGCGCAUUCACCUGCCGUAAAUCGUUUGCGCGGUACUUCGCCUCCGCGCGUUCAGUGCAGGCUGCAGCGACAGGAUCCAAUGCCGGCAUGAGCAGCAAUCCAUAUCCAUUCCCAAAGCAGGCGAAUCCUACCCCGCAUCAUAUCUUCCAUCUUCCGCGCGGGGCAACGCAGAAAGAUAUCAAAGCUCGCUACUUCGAGCUGGUGCGCAUAUACCACCCCGACUCUGCUAUCGCUCGGCACCAUCCACCCGACGUCGCUCAAGCGCACUUUCAGGCGAUCAAGCGCGCCUAUGACAUUCUGCAAGGGCGUGGGGCGCUGGUGGACGGCAUGGACGCGCCGCAUCCGACUGCUGGUAUGCGGGCACGGGAACCGCCGAGCGCGAGAGCGCGGAGACGACCGUACUUUGAUGACGUGAAAGCGGACGAACGGUGGACGGAGAGGGUUGUUGUGGGAGGGCUGCUCUUGACGGUGAUUGCCCUGUUCGCCCAGACAUAUGCGACAAAGCAGCAGGCAUUGUCCGAGGCUGCAGCGCGCAAACGGUCGGCCCGACGCGAGGCAGAGGCGCGAAUAGGACGACCCGAGGACCUGGUUCUCGGACACGAUGGAAUAAGCUCGGACACCGCACUACCGUCUAGUCGGACCCAGAGCUCGACGAACGAUGUAUCGCGACUCAACGGUCCUUGAAGCAGUCGUCUCACUUUCUCGAACCCGGGUGAGAGGGUUUCAACGUUGGUGCCUGAUUCGCCGUAGCUUGCGACAGCAGGUUAUCUGCGCCUCCGCGGCGAUGGGCACGGACAUGGCAUAUGAUGUAUCUCCUGGGCUGAAAGCCAUUAAUAUGGCGCUUCAUUCGGUAGGGAGCCUGCAUGUGGGAGGGCUAGCUGUGCACAUGAUGGUGUUGUUGAACGUUUGAACCCUUAAAAUCGUCGCCCUAGGCCAUUCCCAUCGCUUAUCUUCUCAUUCGUUUCUCAAAAGGAUUGGAUGUGCGAAGUUUGUCCUUUGGAGUGAGAGGAGGUCGGAUGUUCGUUCAUUUGAAGUAGGC